CUGGGGCGGCGAAAGGCUUUGUAUCGACAUUGACGUUUCUGGACAUGGAUGAGACGGAGUUCCAGAAAACAACGUUGGACGACCCACGAGAAUGCGUCCUCUGCAUCCUGUACACGUCAGGCACCACUGGUCUGCCCAAGGGUGUCGAGGUGACGCACUACGCUUUACUGGCAAACCUUGGAAUGUCAAGGUGGACUUUCCCUCACGACAACUCGGACGUGCUACUUUCGCCAACACCCAUCACGCAUGGCUCCGGCUUGUUGUUCAUCACAUUUAGCGUCCUGUUGGGCACGAAGACUGUAGUGAUGCCUCCGAACGCCAGCUUCCAAAGCGUAAUUAGUUCGGCCAGCAAGCACAAGGCGACGGCUGCCAUAUUCCUUCCAUCGCACCUCCAAUAUCUGGUGGAAGAGAUUCGGCGUACGGGCCAGCGCAUCAGUGGACUGAGAUUCGUCUGUACUGGCGGAAGCGCCUUGAGCAAGCCACAAUACGACGCCGCCCUGGAGGCCUUCGGCAGUGAGCUGGAAUGCUUGGCGAACAUCUACGGCAUGCCCGAAGCCAUAAGCCUGCUGUGCUCGCCGUCACGGAAGGGGGCCAUCGGCAUCGAUAUGGGAUUUCCCGCGCCAAUGACGCAGAUAAAAAUUGUCGACAUGUCUACAGAAAGAAGACUCGGCCCAUAUCAAACGGGUGAGAUCCGCUAUCGCGCUCCAACUGUAAUGAAGAGCUACUACAAGCGACCAAAGGAAACACGGGAGUUUUUUGACACCGAAGGAUGGUGCAAGUCAGGAGACGCCGGCUACUACGACGAAGAAGGACGCAUACACUUCGUUCAGCGCUUCAAAGAAAUGAUCAAAUGCAUGGAUAACCAAGUGGUGCCCGCUGCUCUUGAAGAAGUCUUGCUCAACGAGCACUACCGAGAGGUUCUGGACGUCUGCGUGGUUGGCAUACCUUGCCCAAAGUACGGAGAGGCACCGGCAGCCGCCGUUGUGCCUCGAAGCAAGGAUCGCCGAGUGCUCGUCGAUUUGGCCAACAGAAUCAAAUCUACUAUUGCUGAAAAUUUUGCCGUCCACAAGCACCUUUACGGCGGUGUGUUCUUCCUGGACUCAUUGCCCAAGACUGAAUCUGGAAAGACCAACAGGGCUGCCGUCCUUGAACAGUGCGCCUCGCUGUCUGCAUACUAAACGAUCACGGCACACAGCGGACCGUGCUGCGAGUGCUUUACUACCUUUUGCUGGGAGAUGCAAAGACAUGCUAGGCACCGAAGGCGCACCUUGUGCGGCUACUCACCUUGCCGUUUCACUGAAAGCGAACCCCUUCAAAUGUACCAGCCAGCAUCUAUUCCCGUUAAGAAAUAUACCUUUCUUGACGUUUGAGUUAGAAAUGCACAUAAAAAAUACUUCACA